AUGAUAGAUGAGAAGCUAUCCUUCCGCGAACAUCUCGAUAGUGCAUGCAUAAAAGCUAGCAAGACGGUAUCCAACUUGUCAAGGAUUAUGGCUAACUGCAUGGGACCACAAACCCGAAAACGACGAGUCCUGCUUGAGGUAGUCCAUUCUGUACUGCUUUACGGAACAGAGAUAUGGGCGGAUAUCCUCAAGCAAAAGACUUAUCGGCGCAAAAUAGCGGCAGUGCAAAGACGAGGAGCUCUGAGAGUUACCUGUGCCUAUCGCACAGUCUCAGAAGCAGCCGUGCUGGUAAUAGCAGGAGCCACACCGAUUGACUUGCUAGCUUUCGAGAGAGUGAAACUCUACGACGCUAAUUAG